AAAGAUUCAGUUUAAGAUGAGAACUAGACAAUGUCAAUGUUAAAGAUAUUAUUGUUAAUAUCUGGAGUGUAUUCCCAGACUACAGAGAACUAUUCUAGCUCCGUGGUUCAGGAUUUGGUUUGGGGGAACGGAGUUUGUUCUUCUGGUAGAUAUAGCGGAGAAAUUAAUUCUGCAGGAGAGCCUCAAGGGUUUGGUAGUUACAGAUGUUCAGCUUACUCUUACACUGGGCACUGGGAUCAGGGGAAACGGAGCGGUAAAGGAGUUACAACCUACGCUAAUGGAGACAAGUUUGUUGGAAACUAUUUCGAGGACGUCAGACACGGUACUGGAGAAAUGUUUUGGAUGAAUGGAAGAAGAUAUUCUGGUAACAUGAGACAGGGAAGAAUGCACGGGAAAGGUGAAAUGUCGUGGCCGAGUGGAGAUAAAUAUAUUGGAGACUGGGACAACGACUCCAGAACUGGAUACGGACUGUAUCUUUACGCUAGUGGAAACAGAUAUAAAGGACAGUAUGUAAACCGAAAAAAGGAAGGAUUGGGACAGUUCUGGUGGACUGUUGGAGUGAAUGCUGGAGAUAAAUACGUUGGACAAUUCAGAAAUGAUGAGAGAAACGGGGAAGGAAUUUAUUACUUCAAGAACGGAGAUAUAUUUACUGGAACAUGGCAGGAUGGAAAACAGACCGGAGAAGGUUCGGUUGGGUACUCUAACGGAAACCUGCUCCGGGGGGUCUGGUCGAAUGGGAAAAGGUCUGGAAAAUUUAAUUUUACAUUUCCUAAUGGAGAAAGGUUUAGUGCCGUGUUCAAGGACGGAUUAAGAGAAGGAGGAUGGACCAAAAUUGAUCCUGUGUCUCCAAACCUUUCGCUCCUUAAUCGUUCUAUUUAAGAAAACACCAUCUUAUUGUAAUAUUCCUCAUACAAUUAUAUUUUAAUCCAAUAAAUCAUCCAUAAUUGUAA